AUGCUCAGCGACCCCGACAUCGAACGAGCCGCGAGUCAGCUCGCCGACUACCGCACCAACAAUGCCCUGCCAGACAUCCUCGACAAGUACUCGGCCCUGCUCGAGGGCUACAGGCGCCUCAAGAGCGACUACGAGGAGGAGCGAGAUGCGCGGGAAAAGUACAAGCAGAUGGCCCGGGGCCAGGAGCGGAACCCGUUUGUCCUCGUCCUCGUCGACGGCGACGGCUACGUCUUCCACGAGAGCCUCUUGUCCAAGGGCGCUGAUGGCGGCAGCCAUGCUGCACAGCUGCUCCACGAGUCCAUCAAGGCCAGUCUUCAGCUCAAGGGCCUCGAGCAUUGCCAGGUCAUGGUGCGCAUCUACGCAAACCUCGCUGGCCUGUCCAAGACGCUCCACAAGGUUGGUUUAGCGGGGACCGAGAGGCGCUCUCUUGCUCCCUUUGUCGCCAGCUUCAACCGCUCCUACGGCCUCGCCGAGUUUGUCGACGCGGGCGACUUGAAGGAGAAUGCCGACUUCAAGCUGCGCGCCAUGAUGAACCUGUGGGCCGAAAACACCCAGUGCAAGCACAUUUACUUUGCCGCUUGCCAUGACGUCGGAUACAUUUCCGACCUUGUGCCUUACAUGGGGAAUUAUGGGCGCUUCACUCUAAUCAACACCCCUGGCGUCAAGUUCCACGACGAAUUCACCAAGCUCGACCUAGGCAUCGAGGAGCUGCCUGGCGUCUUCCGGGCUGCCUCCGGAGGGGCCCCUACAUGGUCGCUGGGAGACCAAGCCCCUACCAGAACAGACGGGCAAAAGGCCGUUUGCCGAUUUCACUCGUCUGGACGGUGCAAGUACGGCAAGGCCUGCAAGAAUCUUCACAUCGAAGAUGCGACGAAUUCAAAAGCAACAUGGAGGUCAACGACUAAUGACCCCCAGUCGGCCGCCGGUGGCUCCCUACAGGAGCCCAGACGCAGAACUCCGCCACUGUUCAACAUGCGUUCAGAUGUGGCCACUGACUUUAUGAACGGAUAUAGUGCGCAUGCGACUUCGCUCCUGGCCGGGCUCGACGUUCUCGCGUUGCCCAAAAAAGGUAACAUACCCGAAGGCCAGGUGGCAGUCAACAAGAACGGCUUCCGUCUUGAUCCUUACAUACCACCGUCUGGCCUCGAGAUCCUCAGCCGACUCAAGGCACACAUCAGCAGGCAGCGGGUAUGCAACAACUUUCACCUCAACGGCUUCUGCGAGGCGGGCGACCACUGUGGCUACGACCACGGUCCGCUCGAGGAGGGCUUCAAGCAGGCACUCGAGUCGCUGGCGCGGUCCAUGCCAUGUGGCAAGCGCGGCGCGUGCCGAAACGCGGCGUGCACUUGUGGCCACGUGUGCCAGAACGGGGACUGCAAGCAUCGCGGCGGCAAUGGCUACUGCAAGCUGUCGCCUCAGUCACACAGCGAGGAGUUGGCGGUGGCUAGAUAUGUGCCCGCCACCAACGACCCGCCUCACAACCGGCAGUCAUCGUCGGCGAGGGCCAGCACUGCGGCCAGCACCACUGAUGAGGAUGACGUUCCCACGAUGACGACAAGGGCGGCGUUGGGCGAGGAGGAGGAACAGGGGAUAAGCUCGAGGAAAAGCAGUGGCAAGCUCAUCGAGCUGGACAGCAUCAAGUCGACUAUGUCUACCUAA